GAUCGGAUGCCCGCACUGAAAGGAAUCAAGUUCGUUCGGCAUAGCGCAAAAGUCCAAAAUUUGCAAAAAUCGAUCAGUUUAAAAAUUGACUUUUUGCUUGUAGGUUGGUGGAUUUUUAUCCUCGUUCAUUUAUUCUGUGAUAUAAUAGUUUUACAAAUUUAAAAACCUACUACAACAUGGGUGUACCAGCUGGUGAUGUAGAAAAAGGCAAGAAAAUCUUCGUACAGAGAUGUGCACAAUGUCAUACAGUGGAAGCCGGUGGCAAACACAAAACUGGACCUAAUCUUCAUGGCAUUUUUGGAAGAAAAACUGGACAAGCCGCAGGAUUUUCCUACACGGAUGCCAACAAAGCUAAAGGUAUUACAUGGAGCAAGGACACCUUAUUUGAAUACCUAGAAAAUCCCAAGAAAUACAUCCCCGGAACAAAAAUGGUGUUCGCAGGCCUUAAAAAACCCAAUGAACGUGGAGAUCUCAUCGCGUAUCUAGAAUCUGCAACUAAGUAAAUGAUUGUUACCACAUAACAUUUAAAGGAAAAUUUCAAUACAAUGAAAAAAUAGUAAAAUUGUCUAGAAUUCCGAUUUGUGUUUCUAAGUAUUCGUGUUAUUUAUAAUUAAUUUCCUUUGUGGAUUUUAUGAAUCACUCUCUAAAAUAUAGAAAUUAGUUUUAGUAAUAUUUAUUUCUGCAUGAUUUGUUAACACAAAUCGUGAAUUCAGACACUAAACAAUCUCCAAAAAGUACAGAAAAUGUACAGUUUGCAAUAGCUUUCUGAUAUAGUUUUAUUAUAUCUCGUAAUACAAAUGGUACAUUUUUCAUUGUCUUGUAUUGUUGUUUUCCAUGGGAUGACACAGAUAGUAGUAUUUCAGUGCAAACGACGGACAGUUUUUAUCACUUGUUACGUUGCAUUGACUGUACAAAAUAGCCAAUUUAUAUUUAUGUAUGAAAAUUUUAAAUUAUUCUGUUUUAAUUUAAGAAAAUCUGUACAAUAUGCAUUGUGUUAAGUCCUAAAAAAUAAAUUAUUUAUGUUCUAA